AUGCUAGACUAUACUGCCAAGUUUGUGUUGGCCCCUAUGGUCAGAAUAGGAGAGCUUCCAACAAGGCUUCUUGCUCUUAAAUAUGGUGCCGAUCUUGUUUGGGGUCCCGAAAUCAUUGACAAAAAAUUACUCACAUGUGAAAGAUCGUAUAAUGAAAAGUUGAAUACAGUUGAUUUUUGCUCAACAAAAGGAAACAAAAAGAUUCCAGGAAUGACUGACUUGGUAUUUAGGACUUACCCAGAGAUGGAGAAAGACAAAGUUGUCUUUCAAAUGGGUACUGCAAAUGCAGAACUAGCUGUUAAAGCUGCUAAGAUCGUCAUAAAUGAUGUUGGUGCAAUUGAUAUUAACGCUGGAUGUCCGAAACAUUUCUCUAUUCACUCAGGAAUGGGUGCUGCUUUAUUGAGCACUCCUGAUUUAUUAUGCGAUAUUUUGACAAGUUUGGUAGAUGAAGUAGGGAAGCCAAAUAACAAACCAAUAAGUGUGAAAAUAAGACUAUUACCUAAGAAGGAGGACACUUUGGUGCUUGUGAGUCGUUUAGUGAAAACAGGUAUCACCAAUUUAACUGUUCACUGUCGUACUAGAGAGAUGAGGAAUAGGGAACUACCGAUUAGAGAUUACUUAGAUGAAAUCAAACAAAUCUGUGUUGAUAAUAAUGUAUCUUUUAUUAUCAACGGACAUAUCAAAAAUUACAACGAGUUUAUAGAAUUACAGAACAGAUACGGCAAAGAUGUUGGAUGCAUGAUUGCUUCUGCGGCAGAAAUAAAUCCCACGUGCUUUAACAAAGAAGGGCCGUUACCUUGGUUUACCGCUGUUAAGGAAUUUAUCAAGUUUGCCGAUAAAUUUCAAAACCACCCGGCGAACACAAAGUAUUGUAUCAUCAGAAUCAUACCUAACGAGAAGAACCAAAAUAAGAUAUACCAACUCGUAACAAAGGCAAAAGAGGCACAUGAGAUUUCUGAUAUUAUUUUGAAUCAAAUGGAUGAUGAAGGAAAUUUGGUUGAGGCAAAAAAGAAUGUCGUGGCUGAAACCUUAUCCAACAAAAGAAAGGCCGAAACUUUGGAACGUAAUGUUGAGACCACAAAGGAUAAGAAAGUGAAGGCUUAG